AUGGCGGAUAACCUUGAAGACGACGAUGAAUACAUUGACAUGGAGUUGUCAUCGUAUUAUUCAAACUCCAUAAGUACAAGGGAGUUUGAAUUCCAAAUGUCUUCAGUUUCCAUGAAAAGAGCCCACCAAUUCACCAGCCGUGACCUUUUCUACAAGGGCAAACUCCUCCCUCUUCACCUUCCUCCUCGCCUUGAAAUGGUGCGAGAAUUGCUGCAAAACUCCAUUAAUGAAGCUGAAGCUUAUAUCUCACCUUCUCAGUCUUCAAGAGAUGUUGCUAAUGGCAGAAAUGGUGAAGUUCAACCCAAGAGAUCUUGGACCAAAAGGCUUAAGUUCAUCAAGCAAUCCUCCAUUGGUUCAAUGCUGAGGGCUUAUUCUAAGGUUUACCUCAGAUCUAUGAUUGGUAAUAAAUCCAAAAAGAAAGCCCCAUUGGAGCAAGUACAGAUUCAUCAAGACAAUGGAAAUCACCAUAGAAGAUCUUGUUCUGUGGCCAUCAAACGUCAUUCAUCUCCCUCAUCAUCAUCAUCUUCGAGUUCGAACGCUUCAAAUGGAUAUCAGCAUUUGCAGUUUCUUAAACGAAGCAACAGUGUAAAUGCAGACAUGGAGAGCCCCAUUCAAGGGGCCAUUGCGCAUUGCAAGAAAUCUCAGCAGUGGAUUAGAUCAAGAAAAACUAUGAGCGAAGUUGGGUUUUAUUCGCUUUCCAGCUCUGACAUUGCAGUUUCUGAAGAUUAUCAAGAGAGGACGCACAUUUACAGGGGAUGA